CCGAGCCGGGCACCGAGCUCGGCCUCGCCCGGUCCCUGUGUCGCCCCGUCCCCGUGUCUCCCGGUCCCCGUGUCGCCCGGUCCCCGUGUCGCCCCGUCCCCGUGUCGCCCGGUCCCCGUGUCGCCCCGUCCCCGUGUCGCCUCGUCCCCGUGUCGCCCGGUCCCCGUGUCGCCCCGUCCCCGUGUCGCCCCGUCCCCGUGUCGCCCCGUCCCCGUGUCUCCCGGUCCCCGUGUCGCCCGGUCCCCGUGUCGCCCCGUCCCCGUGUCGCCCCGUCCCCGUGUCGCCCGGUCCCCGUGUCGCCCCGUCCCCGUGUCGCCCCAUCCCCGUGUCGCCCCGUCCCCGUGUCGCCCGGUCCCCGUGUCGCCCGGUCCCCGUGUCGCCCCGUCCCCGUGUCGCCCCGUCCCCGUGUCGCCCGGUCCCCGUGUCGCCCCGUCCCCGUGUCGCCCCGUCCCCGUGUCGCCCCGUCCCCGUGUCGCCCGGUCCCCGUGUCGCCCCGUCCCCGUGUCGCCCGGUCCCCGUGUCGCCCUGUCGUCGGAGGUGGCCACACGGGCCGCAGGGCUCUCGCGCCCGCGCUGCUCUCCCCGCCUCCUGGCCGCCCCUCCGCCCGGCGGCGCCCGCGGGCGCAGCCCCUUCUGGCACCGAGGUCUCCCGUGUCCCGGCCGAGGCGGAGCGCGUUGCAGCCGCCCGUGCGCGCACGGAGGACACCCCGGGAUUCCGCGGCCGGCCCCCCGCUGCCCGGUGCUCGCUGCCCGCGGGACGCCGGGGCGAAGCCUGACCCUGUCCGGGACGCGGACGCCGGCACCAUGACGGCCCAGCGCCCCGGCCCGGGCUCCCCCGCGCGCCGCCCGUCGGCGCUGCUGCUGCUGCUGCUGCUGCUCGGGGUUCAGCGCCCCUCGGUGCGAGCGGACGGGAAGCUGUUUGUGUUGGAGUCUCAAAACAGCACUCAGGGCCUGGACCUGGAGACAGCUCAGCUCUUCUGUAAGAGUAGGGGUGCCCACCUGAUGUCUGUGGAUGAGCUGCGCAGGGUGGUCCAGGACUGUGCCUUUGCGGUGUGCACCACGGGCUGGCUGGCAGAUGGCACCCUCGGGACAACUGUGUGUAGCAAAGGGGAUGGUGAGCAGCAGACCAUGAGAGCUGUUGGUGUGCGCAUUGAGGACAGCCCAGCUCCUGGAGGCAUGUACAGCGCCCUGUGUAUUAAGGAUGAAGAGAAGCCAUGCGGAGACCCACCUGCGUUUCCACACACCAUCCUGCAGGGCCGCACUGGCCUGGAUAUGGGGGACGAGCUGCUAUACGUGUGUGCCCCGGGGUCUGUCGCAGGCCACCAAGAAACAGCCUUCACCUUGCUGUGUAACAGCUGCGGCGAAUGGUAUGGCCUGGUGCAGGCCUGCGGGAAAGAUGAGGCUGAGGCCCAUAUUGACUAUGAGGAUAAUUUCCCAGAUGACAGGUCUGUGUCAUUCAGAGAGCUCAUGGAAGAUUCCCGUUCAGUGAUAGAAGAGGACAAAGGUCAGACAGAAGCCUCUGAAGAGGCACCAAAACAAGACCGUCUGGUCUCCAUUUCAGUGAGGAAAGAAAAUAUUGCCCGACAUAAACCUUUUGUUCCAAACACAGGCUUGCCUGGCACCAGACGCGCUGUUCCCACAGACUUGCCAAAAUCCCAGCUAAACCAAAAGUACUUGUUGUGGCUUCCUGCUGAGACUUUCCACAAGCCUGAUGUGGAAAGGGAUGUUGGUGAUAAUAGCCAAAAGCAGUUUCCUGCUGGAGACAACCACAGAACAGUGAAACUGGUCCCGAGUGAACCUGAAACCAGGUCCCGGGUGACCUACGGCAGCACUGACGGACCCUUGGGGUCAUCUGUAGACAGGAAUGACAGCAAAGCAGCGGCCCUGGUGGGGAGCAGCAGUGAUGAGUCCUGGUUAGAUGGCUACCCUGUGACUGACAGGGCUUGGAGGAAGGCAGAGGCAGAAGAGGAGGACGAUGGAGACAAGGGGCCUGGGUCAGUCAGACUGGAUGACAGCGUUCUGGUGACCCCUGACCAGCCAGCUCUUAUGGAAGUUAAAAUGCCCAAAAGUACCACCCUCACCCCUGGCAAGGUCAUGACGCAUACUUCAGUUGUUCCCUCUGAAGUGCUAGAUGUGGAAGUUUUGGCUCUCAGGCCCACGAAUGUGUCCGAGACUGAAGGUCCUCAGGACAGCGAUGAUGCCUUGACCAAACACCAGUCAACUGUACCUUGGAGAUUCACCACAGAGAAGUCACUCAUGGCCACUCCACCCUGUGAACUCACCAAUUCUACCCUAAAGAUGGAAACACCAACUGCUCUCCAGCAGAUGACCAGCAACGUCCCCUCCACCAGCACAGCAGCCAGUCAGCUUCCAGUGGAAACCGCUGCUCCUGAGGUCCGGGAUAGCUUCCCAUACCUUCUGUCUAAGGACUUCUUGGGACAGGAGGGCCCUGGGCCAGCUGCAAGUGAAGAGGAGCUCCUUCCAACCUUGAAGCCGUGUGUGGGGGACGAGUGUCGUAGCCUCAGCAGAGGCCCCGUGAUUGCCACCGUUGUCACUGUCCUAUGCCUGCUGCUGGUUCUGGUGAGUGUGGGGGCCGUGUGGGUUUACCGCAGGUGCCAGCACAAGACUUCUGUGUACAAGCUGAAUGUGGGCCAGCGGCCAGUUCGGCACUACCAGCAGCAGAUUGAGAUGGAGAAGGUCUAGUCCCUGCCACAGUGGGCUCUCUCAAAGCCACUGCAGCACACUGAGAAACCCUGAUAACUCAUAACAGCACAGGUGGAGCAGGGCUGGUCUGUUUCUUCUCAGGUUUGUGUUCUGUCAGCUAAGAAGCAGCUCAAGGCACCCAGCGAGGCAGGCAGGUUUCAGUGGCAUCAGCACAUGUGUCAGUGUCUUCUCUCCAUCUGCCUGGAAUUGAUUGCACUAACUCCAGACCCAGACCCUAAUUCUGAUAUAAGGUCUUCUCUUCCAUUGUCAAGAUGUUGCUCUCUUUUCCUUUUUUAAGAAAGAAAAUCAGACUCUGAUUCUAUGUCCUGAAAUGUUUGAAACAGGUUUGGUAAACUGAGUGUUUGAAAGCAAUGUUAUUGAAAGCAUAAAUGUUAAUUGCGGAAGUGGGGGCACAGAAGAACGAUGGGUUACUUGCUUUAAAAAUUGUGUUAUCUUAGGGGCCAGGAAUUUAGCUCAGUGGUGUGAACGCCUGCCUGGCAAGUGUAAGGUUGUGAGUUUGAUCCCCUGUGCCAAAAAAAAAAAAAGCAAACAAGUAAAAUUAUGUUGUCCUUGAGGGUAAGUGAGCCAGGAGUCAGGACACAGUCCACAAACUUGGAGAUGUCUAUAAUUUUCAGGUUGAUGUUUUGCUCUGGGGAGGUGAGGAGUGAAGACACACACCCACCUUUUCUCCCUCCAUUCUGUGGGACAGCCCAGGAUUUUUUAAAAACAAGGCAAGCUUUGUACCAGUAAGGGCUAUUUCCUCUAGUUGUCUUUGACUAGUCUGUGCCUAAAACUGUCUUGAAAUUUCUGCCAGGACUAACAAAAUUCAAUCCUUAGGUUCCUCCCUCAGGAUUAACCAUUUCUCCAAGCUCUAGUAGAGCAGAAAGACAUGGAGGAAAAAAUGUUUGAAGAAGGCCCAAGACUAGAGUACCUUGAUAAAGAAUUGAAAGGCAGUGUGAAAUGAUCCAUGUUGAUCUAUUUUUUUACUCAUGGGAAAGAGUCCAGCCCAGCACCUAGACCAUCUAGUUCAUGGUGGCUCAACAUUGCUUAUGACAGUGGCUCUCAAAGCUCCCAAACCACCAACAUCAGUGUCACCUAGAAACUAGUUGGAGAUGCAAAUUCUCCUAUCCUAUCCCAGGCUUAGGAAACAGCACCCCUGGGGGUGGAGCCCAGUGCUCUCAAAGUGGAGAGCCAUUGGUUUAUACCCUACACUGUAAACUUUGAGGCCAGCUGAAGCACUGGAGGAUAAGACAGAUGACACCCACGGUCUGUCUUGCAUGAAAGUCGGGCUCUGCCACUUGCAUCUAAGGCACUGUUGAAGCUGCCAAAACACCACCUCCAACAGCCUCUCAUAUGUUGACCCAGAAAAUAAACAUGCCACAUUUUUCUAUUAUCAAUCAGAAUUCAUUUUCUAGUCAAAUAGUUUUCAGUGGUAAAAUUGAAGACAUUGCAUUUCCUUCGAGUUUUUGUGUGGUAUGAGAGAAAUCUUGAUUUUUAAAAUUACAUGUAAUUGGAAAAUUGGUGGUGUUCUACAUAAAGAGAAAGGAAUUCUUGCAGCACAUUUCCUACCCUGACACCUCUUUUCAGUGCAAGCUUUGGAAAGCUAAUAGGCUAAGUAGCUUUUAAGACAGUACAGCAUAGUCAAAGAUCUUAAUUUCCAAAAUUGGGUAAUACAAAGGCCUGAAGUUAUCAACUGGAAUACCUAUGCAUUAGAUGAAAUUUAAAACAGUAGGAAUGAAAUGUUUUCUGCAUGUACCAAAGCUUCAAAACAGAACAGAAUAAGAGCCAGAAACUGUAUAUAAUUUUUAAAUUAGAUUGGAAUCUAUUACAAGAUAACUUUUUGAUUUUAACUAUAUAAAACAACUUGUGUCGACAUUAGGACUGUUAGUAAGUAUUGUGUAAUAGUCUAGAACAUUGAAUUUAUACCAAAACAUAAACAGGCAAUAUCAGUACAAAUAUACUAAUGAAUUUAUUACAAAUUAUUAAUACAUGUGAAUGUGUUACAUUGUAGAUCUGGACUGUAAAGUAAACCUAACACAUCCAUUUUUAAGUUUUUAUUGAUUUGGUGUUGCAUAAAUUAAUGUUAUAGGAUCUAAAAAUGUGUGUCAAAAUGGAAUGAUUAAAACACUGUAAACCUAAACUAUACGUCAUUAUGCACAUUUGAAGACUGGUAAAAGUUUAAUGCUUAAAAACUGAGGGGGAAAGGACUUCAUUAACACAAAGCUUCUGAUAACAUUUUAAUAAAUAUUUCCCCAAAUA